AGCUCAAGACAGUGAAGGGUGGUGCGAGGAACAGGAGAGAAUGAGGUACAGGAACAGGGGUUGGGGAGGUUGGAGUCGGAUCCGAGUCACCGGCUGUGGAUCGUGGUCUGGCGUUGGCACGUGGCAGAAGGUGGUUGUCUUGAUCGGCUCAGUCGCGUCGGUGGUGUUCGGCAUUCUGCUGCUAUAUUUCGGUUUGCGCAUGUGGUGGAAGAUGUCCGGCGAUGACUCCGAGGCCACACAGUACAUGGUCGAACGUCUGGAGAAAGCUCACACACCUCUCGACCUGGUCAGAAUCAAGUGGGAGCACGACAUUGUGCGCCAGGAAUGCAGCGCAGAGAGAAAUCCAUGUGAGUGCAGCCUGGUGCUGCGAAACCGGAGGACGUACCGAACAGUUAUCGUCAUCUCCUUCAUCAUCUUCACCAUCGGUUUUAUUGGCCUGUUCGGCACCUGCUGCGAGAACCACACCACGCUCUUCCUGUUCGUGCUGCUGGCCGGCGCCAUGGCCCUGGUCGAGUUCGGCACGGCGGCGGCGCUCUUCCGGUCAUACCAGCAGCUGACUGUCGUCACGCCCAACGUGCGACGCGUGAUGAGAGGUCACGUGCCGCCCUCCACACAGCUCACGAGCGUCUCGCCGGAGGAAAAGGAGGCCUUCGGCAGGGCCAUGGGCUGGUUGGACGAGAUGGGCAGCCUGGACGCGGCAAGGAUGGGGCCACACUAUUUCUCUUGGGGCGAUGAGAUGCGCGCUAUUUUCGACUCCGCCAAGAAGAAGACCCUGCACAUCGCGUUCGGUGAAGUGGCGGGCCUGCUCCUCUCAAGCGACAACAGUGAAUCCAGGAAGCCAGUGAACAUGACACUGGGCUAUGAUCCACUGUGCAGUGCGGGCCGAUCGGAGCUGCGACGCAGGAGUCUGACAGGUUACCUGGCCGACACGCUGCGAGGCCAGAUCAGCUCAGCCGCCAAGGACUUCAUGGACGACUGGAGUUCCCAGGACAAGUGGAGGGAGUUGGCUCCGAAACUUGAUUACAUAUGGAACCUGCAGAACAUGUCGCUGAGUGAAAAGACUUACGAGGUGGCUAUCAAUCAGGGCUGCCUCUACACGUUCAACAUUCGCAUCCUGCGGGAACUGAAAAAGGUAGAGGAAUUCGAGUCGCUGAUCCUGACGAACGCGCUGAUCACCUUCUUCGGGUUCGUUCUGCACGUGCUGGCAUCCGCCGCCGCCCACCUCCUGGUCCGGGAGUUGCGAAAUUUCUUCGAGUCGAGAGUUGCCCUACAGAGGGAGGCCGUGGGCGAUGCAGUCACAGUGGUAACGAGCAACAACACGAGCAACAGCACCAACCAGCAGAGCAGCGGCCAGCAGCAGCAGCAGCAGCAGCAGCAGAUGAUGAUGAUGCCUAUGAUGUCUCAGCCCUGCUACCAGCAGCCCGGUCAGCAGCCCUACCAGCAACCAUAUCAGCAACCAUAUCAGCAGCCGAGUCAGCAGCCAUAUCAGCCAACAGUUCAGCAGCCGUAUCAGCAUCCAAAUCAGCAACCAAAUCAACAACCGUAUCAGCAACCUAAUCAACAACCGUAUCAGCAACCCUGUCAGCAGCCAUAUCAGCAGCCAUAUCAGCAGCCGAUUCAGCAGCCAUAUCAACACCCAAAUGGGCAGCCAAAUCAGCAACCAUACCAACAGCCAAAUCAGCAGACAUAUCAGCAACCUUACCAGCAGCCAAAUCAGCAGCCGUACCAGCAGCCAAAUCAGCAGUCUGCCCCGCAGCAGACCGCACCUCAGCCUCAGCAGAUUAUUGAGCCGGCCAGCUCUGCCCUUCCCGGACAGGGGAUCCAACGCCCGCAGCCGAAUGCUCCGCAGCAGACGACGGAGCGGGCCCAGCCGUCCCAAGGGCCGCCAGCACGCGAUCCGGCGCCAGUGAUGGUAGCUGCCGCCCGGACCUCAACUGCAGCUCUGACUGGGGAUCUGACUCCCACGCCGCUCUGUGAAGGCGGAGAAGAGAAGCGGUUUGCUCUCAAUCCCUUCAUGGAGCCUUCACCAGUCGGGACCGAGGGCAUGCCGAGAGUCCGAACUCCAGGGUACCCGGACCCGCCUCCGCCGUACCAGGCUCACGCUCCGACCGACGAGCGCCGUCCUGGCGCUCUGCUCUCCGGCGCCGGGUCGAGCCCAGCGCUGCACCAGCAGCACGCGCCGGGCAGCGUGCGGUUUGCCCCCAGCGCUGCUCAGCAGGAAGGGUCGACGCCAGAGCCAGCACCCGCUGACGGGCACGGCUGGGCCGCAGCAGACAAACCGGGCAUGUUUUAG